AUGAAAACCGACGGCGGUGGCGGCGGUGGCGGCGGAGGGCAGGCACGCCCGGGCGCCAAGAAGGCCGCGGGCAAGAAGAUCCCCAAGCCGAAGACGCCAGCGUCUAAGGCGGGCGCAUCCAAAGCCGCUGGAGCAGCUAAGGCUGGAGGAGCCAAGUCGGGGGCAGGAGGAGGCGCUGUCAAGGCCGGCGCUUCUUCUAAAGCGGGGGCGGCGGGGGCGGCGGCGGCGGCGGCGGCUUCGAAGGGUUCUUCCGCGGCGAGCAAGUCGUCCAAGGCGGCAGCGGCGGGGAAGACGUGGGCCGGAGCCAAAGCUUCUUCGUCGAAAUCACCAUCAGCGGCAGGAGCGGGGGGGGCACCCAAGGGUCCAGGUUCGAAAUCCUCAUCUGCGGGGCCCCCAAAGCCGCCGGGCGGGGGGGGCAAGGCUCCGGGGUCCAAGGCGGGGCAGCAGGCGGGGGCCAAGGCCUCUUCGGCGGGGGUUAGCGGGAAGGCUUCGAAAGCGAAGGCUGCGGGCUCCAAGGCCUCCACGACGCCGAAGGCGUCAUCGGCAGCUGCUGCGGCCACGGCCGGAGGAGGAGGAGGAGUAAGAGAUGGAGGUGGAAAAGGAGGAGGUGGAGCGUCCGCACCCGCAAUGGGGUCGCCGGCCGCCGCGUCUAAGACGCCGGUCUCUAAGGCUCCGGGCUCUAAGGCUCCGGGCUCUAAGGCUCCGGGCUCUAAGAGGCCGGGAUCUACGGGGCCGGGCUCUAAGGCUCCGGGCUCUAAGGCUCUGGGCUCUAAGGCUCCGGGCUCUAAGGGGCCGGGCUCUAAGGGGCCGGGCUCCAAGGCGGCGGCGAAGGCGGCGGCUGGGUCGCCGGGGUUGAAGGCUGGGUCGACGACCAACAAGUCGUCCUCCAAGAGCAUGAAGGCCGCGGCGACCCCAGCCUUGGGACCUCGUACCCAGCCGGGGAUGCCACCACCCGGACACUUCUCCUCCGCCAACGGCUUCGGGGGACCCGUGGCUACGGGAGGGGAGUUAACCUCACCGUUUGCGCAGCAGGCGGCGGCGAUGCCGGUGAUGCCGGUGGGAACGGGAGGGGCUCACCAGCCCGGCGCCGCUGCUGCCUUUUCCGCCACCGGUGGGGCGGGAACGUCCGUUGCCGGUGGAGGGGCGGCGGCGGCGGCCGCCGGAGGAGGUGGCGGCGGCGGCGAGGUGUACUGCGUGUGCCGCACGGCGGACGUGACGGGGACCAUGCUGGAGUGCGACUUCUGCCAGGAUUGGUUCCACGUGCGGUGCGUGGGGCUGACCGAGCAGGACUGCGACCGCUUCUCCAAGUACGCGUGCCCGCUCUGCACCAAGAACAAAGGCAAGAAGUCCACCCUCAGCAAGAAGAAGAGGAAGGUCACCCCCAUCAACAACCCAGCGGCAGCCGUCCAUCCCUCCUCGUUGCCUGCGGCGGGUUCUGGUGGUGCCGGUGCCGGCGCACCGGCGGCCGCAGGCGGCGGGGACGGGUACGCAGCCUUGCCGGCCCAGAAGAACAAGCCGCGGGCGCCUGGCGGCGGCGGCGGAGGGGCGGGGGCGCGAUCUGCGCUCGCCGGCGGGGGGGGGGCGCCGCAGAGUGCUCCCGGUGGGGGAGACGGGAGGGGGACGAUGGAGGCGAUGCCGCCUGUCCCGCUGGCAGACAAGAGCGUCUUGCUCCGGACGAGAAGGGACUGGUUGUCCACUUCUGCCCCAAGCUCAGCCGGUCCUUACGUACCGCAAGAGGGGGACGAGGUGUUCUACUUCCCUGCUGGGUACGCUGCCUUCUCGGAGAAGCACCCCGAUCCAAGGGAGCAUCUCCGCAACACCUCGCACGCCUUCCGCAAGGUGGACCGAGGAGGAGUCGCUUGCCGAGUGGCCAGGGUCGACUUCGAGCUCCCGGCGAGAGGCGACGACAGCUUCGAUCCUCCCGUGGUGGCCGCUGUGGUGACCCUCAUGACGGCGAGUGGCUCGAUGGGGGGAGAGCACGAGGUCUCGAUGCGACCCAGCGACCGCGCCGACUUCCUGGUGCCCAGGCGGAAAGUGAUGCAGGCCCUCAACGAAGGCUACCGCCCGGGAGACACGGUCAGCGUCCGACACUCCGAGGGGCACUCAUCCGAAGGGAGGAUUCUGGCCAUCGACGACGGCUCCAACGACGGCGGCGGCGGCGGCGGUCCCGGGUUCUCUCGACCUCCACCCCGACCGUGGUGGGAAGGCGUUACGGUUCGCUGGGAGGCUGGGGGCACGGGUACCGUGAGCGCGUGGGAGCUGAGCUGGCCGAAGCACGUACUCCCUUUGGUGAAGCAGAGGAGGCUAGACGCCGGUUUACACGAGGAUCCGGCAGCUGCCUGGGCUAGGCAGGCCGGGGCGGAACGGGGCCUACUUUCGUCCGAGCAGUGCACGGCGGCGCUGGCGUCCUUGGAACGGGUCCUGAGGCAGCAGCGCGACGUGUUCGUGGCCUUCAUGGACCCAGUUACGGACGAGAUCGCACCCAACUACAGCAUGGAGAUUGCGCUGCCGAUCCACCUGGGUUUGAUUCAGCAACGGCUGCAGCGAAAGUACUACCGGAGAGCAGAGGGCGUGUUCGCCGACCUCCGACUGCUGGAGACCAACUGCAGGACUUACAAUCCGGCUGGCAGUCUUAUCGUGGACCAGUGCCGAGCGGCGAUGAACAUGGCGGAGGGCGCGCUCCGCAACUCUCUGAGGUCUUCCGGCGGGGUGGGUGUCCCGAGGAGCGGCGGCGGCGGCGCCGCCGCCGCCACGGGCAAAGGAAGCAGCUCUGGCAGCCCGGCGGGGCAGCCGUCUUCGUCAAAGAAGAAAAAGAAGAGUACGACCGGCGGCGGCAGCGGUGGUGGUGGGGAUCGCAGGGCCGGCGCUGGUGCCGACCGCGGCGGCGGUGGGACCAGGCACGGCGCGUUCGCUGCUGCUGCUCCUGCUGCUGCUGCUCCUGCUGCUGCUGCUCCUGCUGCUGCUGCUGGCGGUAGUAGCAGCAGCGUCGAAGGUGCAGCGGCGCGCGGGGGCGGCGGGGGCGGAGAACGCGGGCCGACGUUUUCCCGAGCGCCGAUUUCCCCCGCCCCUACGAACGCCGCUGGUAACAACACCUCUUCGGUCGGCCCCAGACCGCAGUUGAAGGACAGCACAGCCAGCUCGCGACCGCAGUACGGCAACAACGUCAGCGGCGGCGGCGGGCAGGGGACGAACAAGCGCAAGCUCGCGGGGGGUGCGGGCGGCGCAGAAGCAGCGGCGGCGGCGGUUGCGGCGGCGGUUGCCGCGGCCGCUGCGGGGGCGGGAGGUGCGGCGAGGCGCGGCGGGGGGAGCAGCAGCAGCGGCAGCGGCAGCGCCGGCCCGCGAACGCAUCAGCUGUGGCAGCAGCAGCAGCGGCAGCAGCAGCGACCCCACGACAACAGCGCGGCGCCCCGAACGCAGCAGCAUCAGCAGCAGCAUCAGCAUCAGCAUCAGCAGCAGCAGCAGCAGCAGCACCAGCACCAGCAGCAACAACAGCAGCAGCAGCACGGCAGCGGCCCCCGCUUGCAGCACCGGCAGCCGGAUACCUGGGGGUCGUGGGGGCCACUCGGACGAGAAGGAGGAGCAAGUGGUCGGGGGAUGCCACCUUUUGGAGCGUUUAGCCCACCGUACGGCGGGGGCGGCGGUGACGGGGACUUCCAAGAAGAUGAUGUCGUUGGGCCCCGAGGCAUGCCUCCUAGCUCAGGGUCCAAGAAGCCCCGGUACAUGGACAGAGAUUGAGGGCAGCGGUAGGCGGGGGGGGGAGAGGGGGGGCGGGUAUAGAUAGGAGAGCCAGGUACAAGGACGAAGACCCUUGUCGACUGGUGACGGUUGUUAUCUUGCGCAGAACAACGUCAUAUGCUUCGAAGACGAGAAGUGGUGUGGCGCGAGACACGGUGCUGUCCUUACGGGCGUGCCGUUGGUGAUAUUAACACAGCUGAUAAAUACUGUAACCGAUGCGAAUAAGUGCAAUUGCUCGCUUGCCAAAAGGAGGAGAAGAAGCUACCGGUGGGGAUAAUCUGAAGCGCUGGCGCCGCGGCGCAUGCAACAACUUGCCAUCUAGAGUUUUGGCAGCACGCCGCCUCAUCACACUCUUGUACAGGGGGUGCGCGCGGCCGUCGCGUGCGCGAGUCCACACAAACGGUCCGCCUUUGUUUUUUUGUUUUGGGGUGUCUGCUGUAAGGGAACCUUACGGUACGUUUUCACUGCGUUUUUGACGUGGCGAGCUUACCCGCGGGACCGAUGUUGCCGUACGUCGCGUGGGACAUGUGGUACGGUAUCUAUGUAAGUUCAACCAUGGAACAGCCAAAUCUUUCGGGUUAAGAGCCAGGAGCUGGAGGUGUGCUGACGUCUUAGUACAAGAACCUUGCUAUAUGCACACGAACCAUUCGGAGGGGACGGAAAGCUCUGUAAUCGUCGCCGUGACGUUGUCAUCUACACGAGUGGUAAUGCCGCGAUACAGAACCGGGGGUUGUAGGUGCGACAACCCCACCGUGGCCAGGAUGGGUGCCGCUUCUUGAGGGGCAUCGGCUGUGUCGCUAGUCUUGAGAGACACAAUAAAGCGUUGUUGCUCUACGUACGCGAUGUUGUGGUCUCCGAGAGUGCGUGCCUCUUUGCCUUGAACUUUUUUUUGCGGUUGUAUAUGGAGAUUAUCUCGAGGGGGUGAAGCGCCCAGUUCCGCGCGAGCGGGUGCCCUUUUCGUUUUUUGCAGUUUUCUUGACAUAUUUUGUGCAGGGAUGCGUUUUUUUUUUUUUAUUCGUGUCUGCUCUAUCUACAGUACCGUGUGCGAGAUGUGGAGUCAAGGGGCUGCAAGCCCUCCUUGAGAGUGCUUUUUUUAUUCUUUGAAAUGUUUUUGGGUGGUGGUUUUUUUAUUUUUUGUUUUGCCCCCUCCCCCGUUUUUGCGCAAGAUUUCGCGGUCCGCAAAGCAGUGAAGGGGAUCGUGCCGCUGUUCAGGGCUAAUGCUCCUUAAGAGAUUGUGUCCGCAGGCGGCCCGGCUCGAGCUUGGCGUGUGGCCGGGAUGGCGGAUAUCUAGGCAUUGAUGUGUGCGUGUGCAUAUUGAUCAAAUCCGUAGAGAAGCCAAUUUGUCCCUUUUCUGUUUUCUCUGUAUCCUAUGACGCCCGUUUCUAAUACGGGUUUCGGGGCGCCAAUGUCGUCGUGAAAUAUUUUUUUAUCAUUAAUGUGGUGCCGUAACUGGGGGGGGGGGGCUUGUUUUGCCCUUUGCGUAACAAAGUAGAUCAAGAUUGAUUCGAUAUUAUUGGAUUGGGGAUGCGCACCGGAGCAAGUUAAGAGAGGGGAGAGAUGAUAAAGUGUGCGAGAGAGUAAAAGAGAGGUGCGAAAUAUUCACCAGGCGU